AUGGAUUUUCAGAAUCGUGUUGGACAUAAAACAGGUAGUGGUAUGCCACUAUCAAGAGAAGAUAUAAAUCAAGAGAGAAGAGAACGAUUAAAACAGCUAGCUUUAGAAAAUAUUGAUAUUACUAAAGAUCCAUAUAUUUUAAAAAAUAAUGUUGGUAUGUUUGAAUGUAAAUUAUGUUUAACUCUUCAUAAUAAUGAGAGUUCUUAUUUAUGUCAUACUCAAGGAAAAAAACAUCAAAUGAACCUUGCUCAAAGAUUACUAAAAGAGAAAAAUGAAAUGACUACUAAUAGAUUAAAUAAACCUGUAAGUGAACCAAGAAAAAUAGUUAAAAUAGGAAAACCAAGAUAUGAUGUUACAAGAGUACGAAAUAAAAAAAAUCAACUUGGAAUAUUAUUUGAAUUAUCUUUCCCAAAUAUUAAAGAAAAUACUAAACCAAAAUUUAGAUUUAUGUCUUCUUUUGAACAGAAAAUUGAAGCACCUGAUAAAAAAUACCAGUACCUCUUAUUUGCUGCGGAACCUUAUGAAACUAUAGCCUUUAAAAUACCAAAUAUAGAUAUUGAUGAAAAUGAAGGCUUUUACUAUAAGUGGUUUGAUAAAAAAAAAAUUUUUGUUAUGCAAAUACAUUUUCAAAAUGCAUUUCCUCCUGGGCAUGUUAAUUUACGUGAACAUUCUAAUUUCUUAUCAUCUACCAAUAGAUGGUAA